AUGCUUAAUUUAUUGAAAUCAAUACUUGCAUUCACUUUGCUCUCAGUAGCAACUUCAAAAAAAGUUUAUAUUGAUAAUGAUGGAUUAACAGCACCAAUUGCAUUAAUCCCAUUAAAACAUGGUUGGGAAAUAGUUGGUAUGUCAGGUUCAUUUGGUUCUGCUUCAUUAGUUGAUUCAAUGGGUCAAAUCUCAAAUAUUUUAGAUGUUUAUAAUUUAUCAUCAUGUAUUCCAUUAUAUGAAGGAGCUAAUCAACCAUUAUUAAGAAGAAAAGAUACUUUUAAAUUAUGGCAAACAAUGUUUGGAGAUUUAGUUUGGCAAGGUGCUUAUGAUGAUCAUUAUCAAGAUAUGUAUACUUGGGAUAAUGUUACAUAUGAUCAAUCAGUCCCUGCAGCUUUAGCUUUAAUUGAUGUUGUCAAAAAAUAUAAAGAUGAAGAUCCUGUUUAUAUUUAUGCUGCUGGUAUGAUGACAACUGUUGCUCAAGCUUUAUCUUUAUAUCCAUCAUUAGUUAAUGAUUCUGCUGGGUUAUAUAUUAUGGGUGGUUUUAUUGAUACUCAAUAUGCUGCUGCAACUGGUACUCCAAUUGUAAAUGAUAUUAAUACUGAUAUUAAUUUUAUAGAUGAUCCAGAAGCUGCACAAAUUGUAGUUACUGCAGGAUGGAAAGAAUUAGUAAUUGGUGCAAAUGUUACUAAUUAUUUGGUUCCAUCACAAAAAUUAUAUGAUAAAUUAAUUGAUAAAGCAGGUGGAAAUUUAACUAAAAUUAGAGAUACUCCAUAUUUAUCACCAUUAAGUACAUUAUUAGCCACUGGUAAUUAUUCACAAAAUAAUGAUCAACAAACAUUACCAUUUUGGGAUGAAGUAGUAGUUGCAUUUUUAACUGAUCCAUCACUUAUUUUAAAUUCAACAAAUUUUAGUGUUGCAGUAGAUACUCAAUUUUAUUCUCCAUUUUAUGGUAGUUUAAGAAUUUGGGGUAAUGAAUUUGCUCCAAAGGGAGUUAAAACUGGUAAUGCAACUAUUGUUAAUCAAAUUGAUGAUGAUAGAUUUUAUAAUUUAAUUCUUGAUGUUUAUCUUGAUGAAUUUAGAUCGUAUUGUUCUGAUGGAUCAAUUACUGCUUAUAAUAUUAGUCAAGAAAUUUAA